AUGACGGUUGUUAUUAGCAUUGACCGGUACUUAGCGGUGUGUUUCCCCGUCCACCGCCGCCCAACAGUCCGUCGAGCCGUCAUCAUUGUCAUGUUCGCUAAUCUGCUGGUGUUUUUACUCGUUGCACCUUCUAUUACGGUGACACACUAUGACGACUUCAUCAAAGACUGCCUGUAUAGGUGGGAUAUUAAUUGGUUUACUCAGUAUGACAAAUACAUCCUACAGGGGUAUGCCAUAACCUGUCUCUCUACAACGUCCUUGUUAUACUGUCGCGUCAUCUACGCGUUGCGUCGCCAGUCCAAAGUGCGAGCCUUGCUCAUUAAAAACCCGGCUUCUGCCACAGCUGCACACAACGGGCCAGGUGAUCGCUGUAAUGUUCUUAACAGGGAUGGUAACACGGCCUUUGCGUUAUCAACUGACAAUGUAUCCGAUCAGAGUGGUAAUAGCAACAUGCUUAUAGAUGAGGGGGGUGUGACCGAGGACCAAACAGGUGUAUCUGGUAUCCAAAAUGGCUUCAGCAACAUAGGCGUGCACCCUAAGCACCUGCAGGGUGAAUCUAAAGCAGAGGAAGAGAGUCAAACAGCUGCGACAGUUGCCUUAGAGUCCCAAAAAUCAGUCCAUGACGAGACCAAACCGAUGCAACGUCAGGAAUCGGGAAAUAUUCCUGACGCUCUCGAUACGGCGACAGCAACCGUUCUAACCGCCGUGCCGCUAGCCAGAACGCGGCCCGCCGAACCUCACACUAUCAACACCAACCGACAAGCAGAAAAGAGACUAACACUAAUGCUAGGCUGUGUAACUGUCAUCUUUGUUGUCAGUCUAUUACCAUUGCUCCUUGGUCGGUACGUUCCCAUUGAGACAAGACGAGCCUUCAUGAACCGGUCUAAUCUACAUCACACCGUUUACGCUAUCUUCUUUCGUCUCUAUGAGAUUAACUCUAUAAUCAAUCUUUUCGUCUACUGGAAACUAAACAGGCGCUUUCGGAAGGAUUGUCAAGAAAUCUUUGUCCAAGUCAAAGGGAUCAUCUUUGAAUGA